CUCAAGAGUUAUCACCUGUUUUCACCGGCCAACCAAGGUCUCUCGUGUAAACAUUUCUAAAAUUCUAGUCGAAAUCGGCUCAGAUAAUUCUACAAAAUAUGAGGAAGCAAUCAAAAUGACUGAGGUUGCAAACUUAGAUUUCGACCCAUUGGCGUUGGAGGUCACAAAUGAACUGAACAAUGAAUCGAGGAGCAAAACAGGAACUUGGGAACAUGAGGAUUUAGCUCAGGUGAGAUAUAAAGUUCUCCGAGGCCACAAGGAUGGAAUCAACUCGUGCCAAUUUUGUGUGAAUGACACCCGCAUCUUGACGGCAUCAGAUGACAAAACCUGCUCCCUCUGGAAUGUGGAGACGGGCGACAGAGAGGAGAAAUAUGAGGGCCACCCAUCCUGCAUCACUCAGUGUCACAUGAGCCCCGACGGCAGCAAGUUUGUGUCCUCCUGCUGGGACAAGAGAAUCCGAGUCUGGGACGUGGAGACGGGAGAGGCUCUGUGGACAGGGUUGCAGGGUGGCAUAGGAACUUGCUGCCAGUUCUCACACAACGGGAAAUUAAUCGCCUCAGGCACAGAUCUUGAUAACUGCUUGAACAUCUGGGACGUGGAGAAUGGCCAAAUUAUCCAGUCAGCAAAAAAGCACCAUGGUAGCAGCAUCACUAGCUGUAAGUUCUCGCCAGAUGACUCCAGAGUCUGCACGACCUCCAUGGACAAGAUAACCAAACUGUGGGAUGUAGCGUCCAAGAACGUUACCAUCAAACUUGGUGGCCACAUCAACAUUGUCUCUUGUUGCUGCUUCAACAAAGACGAGCGACGUCUGUGCACGGGAUCCUGGGACAAGCAACUACAGGUCUGGGACGUGUCGACAGGGACAUACCGGUCAGAGGGACCGGUGACUUUUAGCAAAGGUCAUGAAGGGUCAAUCAGUGCCUGCAAAUUCAGCAGCGAUGGCAGCAUGUUGAUAUCUGGUUCCUACGACCAGACAGUGGUGGUAUGGGACGCUGAAAACUGUGGACCAAAGCUGACACUCAAGGGCCAUACAGAUUGGGUGACAGACGUCGACAUCACCCAAGACAUGAAAUGGAUUCUGUCCGGCUCACGGGAUCACACCAUCCGGCUCUGGAACAUUGAGAACAGCGACAAUAUACCCGUGGUUCUGGAAAACAAGAAGAGCAUGGGUCUGAAGAUUGUCAAGUGCAAUGAUUGUGGUAAGCCGUUCUCCAUCUCCCAGCUGGAUGAUCCUCAGGAACUCAAGAUGUGCGUCUUCUGUCGUCUACAGGCCAACCGGCCUCUGCUUAACCUAAGCAUUGAGGAGGAUUUGAACAUGCCCGAGUUUUGAAUUUAUAAUUGAGAAACGGAGGUUCAAAUCCAAUUCAGGAAUGACCUGAAUUCUUAUUGGAGUGCAGUGAAAUAGCAUUUCUUAGUGUGAAAAAAAUAUGUUUGCCAUCAAACCAAAGAAAAGCUGUUGUUGCUCAUGGAAUAGUCUUAAACAAUUAAGUGUGUGGUGUUAAAUAAAUAAAUAAGGCUAAAAAUUGUCGUCUGUAGAAUAUUUUAUACAUGCAUGUGACCUUUCUUUUCAUUCCGUCCACAUUACAUCUUUGUGAAAUACUGACAUUCCAAGCUUGUGAAGUUUGUUAAAUCUAUAUAAGUAAUGUAUUUUGAAGGGAAUUUUACCUGUAUAUUAUAAUUUUUGGGCAAACUUCCUUUUGGAGUGUCGUUUGAAAUCGUUUGUAAAUAAAACUGCUGUCUUGCUAUUGGAA